GAGAAGAGGGAGAGGUGGUUCCCACCCCACCCCCCGGAUUUUGUAAUUGGGCUUUAUGUGCUGGAUUCUAGUGCAUUCUGCUUUCUUCCAGAUCAGAGCCAAAACCUUCACUGACCUGUGAGCCUGUCCUCCACGAUGCACCUCUGUGCUCUGGUCCUGGUGUCUUUAGUAGCCUGUAUAGCUUGGGGACACCUGCCCUCACCACCCGUAGUGGAUACUGUGCAUGGAAAAGUCCUGGGGAAGUACGUCAGCUUAGAAGGAUUCACACAGCCUGUGGCCAUUUUCCUGGGCGUCCCCUUUGCCAAACCUCCUCUUGGAUCCCUGAGGUUUGCUCCACCACAGCCUGCAGAGCCAUGGAGCUUUGUGAAGAAUGCCACCUCCUACCCUCCCAUGUGUUCCCAAGACCCAGUGGCAGGACAGAUGCUCUCAGAGCUUGUUAACAGAAAUGAGAGCAUUCCUCUCAAUUUUUCUGAAGACUGUCUCUACCUAAAUAUUUAUACUUCUGCUGACCUUACGAAGAACAGCAGGCUGCCGGUGAUGGUGUGGAUCCAUGGGGGUGGACUGGUGACAGGUGGGGCAUCAACCUACGAUGGACUGCCUCUCUCUGUCCAUGAAAAUGUGGUAGUAGUGGUCAUUCAAUACCGCCUGGGCAUCUGGGGCUUCCUCAGCACUGGAGAUGAACACAGCUGGGGGAACUGGGGUCACUUGGACCAGAUAGCCGCACUGCGCUGGGUCCAAGACAACAUUGCCAACUUUGGAGGGGACCCAGGAUCUGUGACCAUCUUUGGAGAGUCAGGAGGAGGUUUAAGUGUCUCUGUUCUUGUUUUGUCUCCCCUGGCGAAGAACCUCUUCCACAGGGCCAUUUCUGAGAGUAGCGUGGUUCUAAAUCCUUGUAUGUUUUGGGAAGAUUCCAAGCCCAUUGCUAAGAAAAUUGCUACCAUUGCUGGCUGCAAAACCACCACAUCAGCUGUCAUGGUUCACUGCCUGCGCGAGAAGACAGAGGAGGAGCUCUUGGACACCACACUGAAAAUGAAAUUUUCAGCUUUUGAUUUUCAUGGAGAUCCCAGAGAGAGCUAUCCUUUCCUGCCUACAGUGAUUGAUGGAGUGGUGCUGCCAAAGGCACCAGAAGAGAUUCUUGCUGAGAAAAAUUUCAACACUGUCCCCUACAUCAUUGGAAUCAACAAGCAAGAGGCUGGCUGGAUCAUGCCAAUGGGGAUGGGCUUUCCAUUCUCUGAAGGCAAACUGGACCAGAAGACAGCCAACUCCCUCCUGUGGCAGUUCUACCCCUUGACUAAAAUUUCUGAGAAUCUGAUUCCAGCGGCCACUGAGAAGUAUUUAGGAGGGACAGAUGACCUUGUCAAAAAGAAAGACCUGUUCCUAGAUUUGAUUGCAGAUGUGAUGUUUGGUGUCCCAUCUGUGCUGGUGUCCCGUGGCCACAGAGAUGCUGGAGCCCCUACCUUCAUGUAUGAGUUUCAGUAUCGCCCAAGUUUUGUGUUAGACACAAGACCUAAGACGGUGUUAGGAGACCACUUCGAUGAGCUCUACUCAGUAUUUGGGGCUCCACUUUUAAAAGAGGGUGCCUUAGAAGAAGAGAUUAACCUCAGCAAGAUGGUGAUGAAAUUCUGGGCCAACUUUGCUCGGAAUGGGAACCCUAAUGGAGAAGGGCUUCCCCACUGGCCACAGUACGACCAGCAGGAAGGGUACCUGCAGAUCGGAGUCCCAACCCAGUCAGCCCAGAGGCUGAAAGACAAGGAAGUGGCUUUCUGGACUGAGCUGAGAGCCAAGGCGGCAGCAGAGAGGCCAUAACAGUGGAAAAGUGGAGCUCUGAUCAGGAGACCCAGGCCUGUUUGAGAGUCUAGACUCAGGAAAGGAGCAUUCCAGAGUGGAAGAUGUUUUCAUGAAUGGAUGGAAGAUGACUCAAGAGUUUACUAAAGGCUCAAGGACAACAAGAUAUAUAAUAUGAGGACAAAAAAACACUGGGAACCACAGACCCAGUGAGGAGUUUGCACUGUCACAGACUCUUCUUCACAGAUGUCUGCCUAUCAUGACUAAAUUUUGGGACAGUUAACAAGACUAGGGUAAUGCUUGUCUCUAGUUUUUAUGCACAAAGCACUACACAGAUCUCUUUUCAUAAAAAAAA